CACUAAAUUAAUGAAGAACCGUGGUCUAUGUGGAUUCGGGUUUCAAUCUUUUUAGUUGGGGAGUAAUAAGUCUGAUAACUUAAAAUAAGUGGAAUUGAACCGAUGUUAAAACUUUGUGUGGAAUUGUUACUAUGUGGUAGAAAUACGUCGUUUACCCAAUUUUGUUAUAAAGAACUCUCUCACACCUGAACCGGAAUCUUUGAACCGAACACGGAUAGAUUCACCUAAACACGCGCGCCUUUUUAAAAAUUCGUUAGUCCGUUACAUUGACCGUUCUCUCUCUAUAUAUAUAUGUUCAGAGAAACGAAACUAGCGAGAGAGCAACGAACGAGAAGUAGUCGACAAGGAAAAGCAAGAAGAAGAUGAUGAUGAUUAUGAUGCAAGAACGUAAGACUCUGAGCAUGAACGACACUGAUCUCUCACUCCUCCGCCUCUCAUCCCCACCUUAUGAUGACUCCUCCUUCUCCCCUGGUUCCGACGAGUCCGAUCAUCCCAAACGAAGGAGACUCUCCUCUCAAGACCCAAUCUUUAUCUCCUCUCCUCUUCGCUCCACCUACCCUGAACCCCAUUCCUCCAACAUCGACGACCAGAUUCUCACCGCGAGCCAUGUUUUGACGAAGCAAGAAACGUCGUCGUCUGCUUCCAAGAAUCCUGAUACAGAGACGAUGAAGAUGGUUAACAGUCACGUGGAGGAGGCCAAUCAAGAAGAGACUAACUAUGAUGCUUACAAGGAAGAAGAAGAAGAAGAUUGUGGAGAAGGGAUGAGGAUAGAGAGAUCCGGAGAUGGGUUUGUAAUUAGAUUAAAGUGUAGAUGCAAGCUAGCUUUUAGAAUUCUUUUCUCUGAUCACCACCUCUACUUCAAGUCUCUGUGAUUCAGUUAGUACUAUCUUCUUACUCUCUGAUUUGUUGUAACGCUUUUUACUUU